AUGAGGACAAUCAGUGGCUUUCAAGCGCUUUCAUGUAUCUUUCUCGCACUUGCACAGCUGAGUCGAGCGAGUACCUCUCAACAAAGUGUCCCAAUCAUUGCACCCAAACCGCCAAACAUCGACGCGAUCUCUUUCCUUAGUUCCCGAUCGCAAGACCAAGACAGCAUCUUCAACGAAGCCGUCAAAAUUCUGGACUCAAUGAAAUCUUCACCCUCAUGCAACCGACUUGCAGCAACAAAACUAGUGAGCUCGUGUCAAACAUUCAGCGAUGGCAGAGAUGGCGUGCAGACCGAUAGUCCAGAAAUGCUCGACCAUCUUCGAUCCGUCUAUGCAGCACGCCUGGCAUUGUGUGAGAUCGACGGUGCUGGUACCCCAAUGCCUCCCUCAUGUCUUCCUGUCACUGUCUCGCCUCCUCCACAGAAGAACCGAUUCGCUUUUGUGGGUCGUCACAGAGGCUCUGACCCUGUCUCGGGUGAAGUCCCGAAAGGAUUAUUGGAGCAAUGCCUCAGGACACUUGAGUCACGACCCCAGUGGUGGACUUCCUAUAGCAAUAGUCGACAGAAUGCACUUGUGAUCUGCCAUGCCUCGCGAAUGGAGACGGAAAAAGAGGAGCUUAUCGGCCUGCAUCGAUCCAUUGCCAAGAGCAGCCUUAAGCUCAAUAUCGGGCUUCAAGAGGCUUUGCAAAACGCAACUGCACAAUCUGCACAGCAGUACUCAUUCAUUCAAGCUGUUCAAUCUCUACAAGAGAAGAUCGUCACCGAUAUGGAAGUGACAGACUCUGUGUUUAAACGAAUGUUUGCUAAUUUUCUCCGAGAAAUCGAAGCUGGGAUAUGGUCUCUUCAAGAUUCUAUAUCUGCGGCUUUGUCAAAUGUGCGGACUGGAACAGGAGUCCUUGAAAAGGACAUCCGGAACGUAUCGGCCCAAGUGGAAGCACUUCAACAAGCUCUACGGAGUGCACAUCAAGAUGCAAUGACUAGAAGCCAAGAGACGUUGCUGGCUCAAGAAAGCAAUGCUGUUGUCCAGAGGGAUCUCGCAUCUUCUUUACAUCUGUCCCUCGAGUCGGUUCUUGACUCAGAUAUGGCCAGAGUGUAUCGGGGAAUGCAAAGGUUCGAUGCUGCUAUGGAAUGGUUGACCAGCCGAAUGAACAUGAUUCUUGAGCAAGAAACCAGGAUGACAGAGCGACUUAAAAACAUGGAAACCUUCAUUCAACAAUCUGAAUCUAAAGCAAGCGAGUUACAAAAGGCCCAAUUCCAACAAUCAGAAGCUCUCUCUGCACAAUCGCGGGCCCAGGAGGCCAUUCAAUUUGACGCGCAAGUAUCGCAAGCUUUGCUGGCCAAAACUAGGGUUGCCGCUGCCAAUUUGCAAUCUGUCAUCGACGAUGCAGCUUUCAAGUUCAAGAAUGUCUCAGGAUUUGGUAUCGGGGGAUCCUCCGCAUGGUCUCUCUGUGCCGUCCUACUCGUUGUCAUCGCCGCCCAAAACCUUAAGAUUGCAAUCUCUUUAUUUUUCCUCAUUUUGGGGCAUUCUGUUGCCCUGACCAUCUUCAAAUUUCUUUAG